AUGUAUAAAAGGCUUGUUGGCGGUCUAAUAAAUCAUUCCUCUCCCAGUGUCGUCUCAUCGCAACUGGCGAUCAGGCGAACCGAAGAAGCAGUAAGAAGGCCGACAGCGACAAGCGAAGAAGACCGACGACGACGAGCACGAGAAGCUGAACAACGACCAACAAGAAGACCGAAGACAACAAGCAAGAACAUCGUCGAUGACGGAGGUCAAGGCCGAAACGGGGGGCAGCUCCAUGGGGUUCCACGGACGUCCGAUCCCGGUACAGAUGUGUAUCGAGGUCGGUCCCCGGGACCAUAUGUUCCCGGGACGUCGUGGAGAACCUGGUGGAAGCUGUUCUCCAACUUCCUCGUACUGAGGAAGGUGACAGAAGAAAGGGAGCAGCGGCUGAUUUUCUUGCAGGAGGUGGGCAACUCGAAUUAUGAGUUGCUGGAGUCCCUCCUGCAAGGACGAGAGUUGGAGGACGUGGAACUGAAGGAUCUUCGACAGGCUAUGGAGCGCCAUUACCAACCGAAGAAGUUGGUAUUAGCAGAGCGUUUCGGUCCUCAUGUCGAAGGUCCAGAAGCCAGGACAAGCCCUGCACGAAUACUACGCGGAGCUGCAGAAAGCAGCAAAUACGUGUAG